GCCUAUAAUUAGCUUACCAAACAUUAUGUUUGACUUAGCAGUAAAAGCAUUUUGGGCAGACUUAAGUGACAGAAUGCUAAAGCGCGACUUGCUUGGGACGUUCUUGUACUAAUUUGCUUAGUAACCCGCCUUUUUCUCACCGGCUUCAGAAAUUUACUAUCAAAGAAUGAAAAGAUGAAUGAACAACUUGUAGCUACAAAUAACGUUCUCAAAUUGCCCGCCUUCUACGCUCGUCGUUAUCAUUGGUGGAGAGACAAGUUACCACGGUGAUACUGUAGCAACCAUACUAUUACUCCGCCCUUUUCACCCAAUGUGGAAUGACAGCAGACUUUUUCUGGCUUCUUAUUGGUCGAGAUACUUUCAUCGACGUUUGUAAAGAGAUACUAGAGUUAACUCUUGGUUAUUCUCAGCGCGCAAAUUAAAGGUACUGGAACGUCGAAAACGCUAUUAUUUGUUGUGAUUUAUUUGAAAAGCAGACGUAAACAGUAGCCGGAGAGCAAAGAGGAUACCUAACGGCCGCAAUAUCCACAAAACAACAGGCAAAAGACUGAACGAGGUCCCCGGUUGUAUGUCGUGAUAGCAGUUGUCGAGAGCAGAAACUCGCCACCGCCAUGGUUUUAAGUGAGAACGAUGCUGGCAAGGGCUUGACCACUGCCGCUGCGAAAGGGAAUACAGCCGAAGUGCGACGGAUGCUGGAGGAAUGCCGGGUACAUCCAGACACGGUCAAUGAAUUUGGCCGCACCGCAUUACAGGUCAUGAUGAUGGGGAACACAAAUGUGGCGUGUCUACUGUUAGAGCAUGGUGCAGACCCCAACAUCCAGGACCGCUUUGGUGUGACUCCUGCACAUGACGCCGCCCGCGGCGGCUUUCUCGACACCCUCCGGGCUCUAGUGGACUUCGGUGCAUCAGUCAACGUUCCAGACAACUCUGGGGCGCUCCCCAUCCACAUCGCCAUCCGCGAGGGCUACAGAGACGUGGUGGAAUACCUCGCGCCGCGGUCCAACCUCAGCCAUCACAACACGAGUGGGGAGACAGCCCUGGACGUCGCCAGGGCCUCCUGCACGCCAGACGUGGUCGAACUGUUGGAACGUCAGUUAGAAUCUAGUCUGACAUUCAAGUCAUAGCAGAAGACACGGGAGUUCCCGUACUCUCAUUCUUUUUUGGUGAAAUUUCAUAUAUAGGAUUUGUAAUAAUGUGUAUCCUUAGAUUUUCCCUGUUGUGGUAGUUUGGUAGCCGCAUAGUAGCCUAUAGUGUCAACAUUUUUUGGAGGAAAUGACACAUCUUUGUUUUUGCACAGCGAUGUACCAUUGAAGGUACUGCAAACCUCGUUUCAUUUGGGAGUUUGCCAUGCACAUUUGUAGAUUGACGAAUUGUCAUUUGUUUGUUCAUUUUUCUUGUCCAUUUUGUCUACACACUCGAGUAGACAUUUGAGCUGUUGAUUUUUAUGAAAAUAUGAAAUGACGGCUGCACUCCUCCCUUUGGUUGGUUUUGCAGUUUGCACUGAUGAAUUUGUAGCAACUUUUUUUCUCUUUUUUUUUUUUUUUUUUAAAGAUGUAUGUGUUUGUUUCUUGUAUAUAAAAUGUAUGAAUUUAUAUGUACUAUUUAUUGAAAUAUUGUACAUAGGAAUUUUAUGUUUACCACUGUGGAAUGCUUAUUGUUAUUUAUGAAAAUACACAUAAACCCUACAACAAUUUUGAUGUAUUCACACUUCAUUUCUUUAGUACACAAAUAAAGUAUUGCCCAUAUUUAUUCA